AUGGGGCUCCUGGAGGAGGCAGGAGGCUGGGCUGGAGGGAACCUGGAGGAUGCUCUGGGCUGGGGGGCUGGGCCCGACCUGGGACCCUUCAGUCAGCAGGCCAACGCUCUAUCCACUGAGCCAAACCAGCUAGACUUUGUGAUUAAUCUGGGCCAGGGGACAGAGAAGCCAGACCUCCAUUUCAACCCCAUUGUCUGCAACUCGCUGGAGGGCUACAACUGGGGGCAGGAGCAAGGGCAGGAGCAAUGGGAAGAUCACCUGUGCUUCAGCCCAGGGUCAGAGGUCAAGUUCACCGUGACCUUUGAGAGUGACAAGUUCAAGGUGAAGCUGCCCGACAGGCACCAGCUGACCUUUCCCAACAGGCUGGGCCACAGCCACCUGAGCUCCCGGAGAGCGCUGGGUGGGUUCAACAUCUCCUCCUCCAACGGGAAUGACAGAGCCCUCGCACCGACUUCCUAUGCUGAGCUUCUUCCCCGUCACACGGGACCAGCAGCCCCCGGUCCUGGCUCCCCGCCUGCAGUCCCUGCCCCUCUGACCCCUUUCCUCCCCAAGGCUAAGGCCAAAUUAGGAAUCCACCUUUGUCCAGCUGGUGUGGCUCAGUGGUAUGAACCAGGAGGUCACUGGUUCAGGGCACAUGCCCCAGCUGCAGGCUCAAUCCCCAGAAGGGGGCGUGCAAGAGGCAAGGACAGCUUCCCCAGCACAAAGGCCGCACUGUGA